GCUGAAUGUAAGUACGCGGGGUGAAUAUGCAGAUCAUUGCGUAAGAAACAAAACAAAGGAAAGUGUCAGCGCUGGCGGUUACUAGAAAAGCCGUUGCUGGGCAACACAAUGGUCGUAUCCAAACAACAAGCAGUGCUCUAUAUAGUCCCUCAGCCACUAGGCCCGCUCAUCUUCCCUAUUCCCCUCACGACUCAUCAGUUCCGCCAUCAUGCCCGAGCAAGCCCAACCUGCAGCUGCGAAGUCGAAGCAUAGUCAUGCGGCGUCGCAGGCGCAGCCCGCACCGCGCAAGGUCCGCUUCAACGUCGGAUCGCAAUAUCAGGUCCUAGAUGUCGUCGGCGAGGGGGCAUACGGUAUCGUCUGCUCUGCAGUACACCGACCUAGUGGGCGUAAGGUCGCCAUCAAGAAGAUCGCGCCGUUCGACCACUCGAUGUUUUGCUUGCGGACGCUGAGAGAGCUGAAGCUGUUGAAGUUCUUGAGUGAGGCGGGGGUCAGCGAAAAUAUCAUCUCAAUCCUAGACAUCAUCAAGCCACCAUCGAUAGAUCAGUUUAAGGAAGUGUAUUUGAUCCAAGAACUCAUGGAAACCGACAUGCACCGCGUCAUCCGUACGCAGGACCUCUCCGACGACCACGCUCAAUACUUCAUCUACCAAACCCUCCGAGCGCUCAAGGCGCUACAUUCCGCCGACGUCAUUCACCGUGACCUCAAACCGUCUAACCUGCUGUUGAAUGCGAACUGCGACCUCAAGGUGUGCGACUUCGGGCUGGCCCGCUCCGUGAAGACCGCGGAACCCUCGGGCACGGAAACGGGCUUCAUGACCGAAUACGUCGCUACACGGUGGUACCGCGCGCCCGAGAUCAUGCUCACGUUCAAGCAGUACACCAAGGCGAUCGACAUUUGGUCUGUCGGCUGCAUCCUCGCGGAGAUGCUGUCGGGCAAGCCGCUUUUCCCGGGGCGCGACUACCACCACCAGCUAACACUCAUCCUCGACGUCCUCGGCACGCCGACGCUCGACGAGUUCUAUGCGAUCACGACCCGCCGCUCGCGCGACUACAUCCGCGCUUUGCCCUUCCGCAAGCGCAAGCCAUUCGCGCAGCUUUUCCCGAACGCAAAUCCGCUCGCGGUCGACUUCCUCACGCGUAGCUUGACGUUCGACCCCAAAAAGCGUAUCACGGUUGAGGAGGCGCUCGCGCAUCCUUAUCUCGAGGCAUACCACGACCCCGAGGACGAGCCAGUCGCGCCGCCCCUCGAUCCAGAGUUCUUUGAGUUCGACCUUCACAAGGACGACAUCAGCCGCGAGCAGCUGAAGGAACUCCUGUACGAUGAGAUCAUGUCAUUCCGUCCCCCGCCUAUGGUGUGA